GGGUAUUGUGUUCAAUUGAAGGGAAAGCUCCAGCAAGUCACUCACUCACUCAGUGGGUAGCUGUUGCAACAUUGAACAACUCCUCCGAGCUGCCAUUGCACCACUACCACCACCACCACCACCACCACCACCACCACCACCACUUGCACUACCACCACACUCAAUACAGUCCAGCCAAGCCAAGCCCAGCCGAACGAACAAUGCGAUUCCUACACUCGUUCGCAGCGCCCCUCCUGCUCCUAGCUGCCGGCGCCGCUCAAGCAGCUUCUUCGUCCUGGGGCUUCGACGAUGCGAAGGUCACUGUGGCGGCGAAGAAGGCCGGGACUAAGGAGCCGGAUGUUAGACAGUUCAACGACAAGACACCCGUCCUCCCGACUCCCGUGGUGUUCGAUAGCUCCGACAGCUUGAAGAUCACGUUGACGGCCAAGGAGAACGGCAAGGGGAAACGUCCUCACCAGGCGUUCCUCGUGCUCCGCGAGCCGAGUUCCGGGCUUGAGGCCCCGUUCCCGUUGACGGUGAAGGACAAUGGCAAGGCGACUGUUGAAAUUAAACACAGCGACCUCCCCCUCCAACUCGCCACCGCAACCACCCCCCUCAGAGCAUCCCUAAUUAUCGCCUCGUUCGGCUCCUCCGCCGGCCUCGUCAAAGACGUCUUCGACGUGGAGGUGGUGCGCGACCCGGCCGCCAAGCCCCUCGUCUACGAGAAACCCCUGCGCUACGGCAAGCUCCACGAGAUCCACCAUAUCUUCCGCGACGACCCCAAGAGCCCGCCCAAGAUUAUCUCUAUCGUUUUUGUUUUUGCCAUUUUGGCCACCAUACCGCUUUUGUUUACUGCCUGGGGUCUCGUCGGCGGCAACCUCUCGGAUCUGCCCACAGCGCUGAGCGCCGCCCCCGUUGCGCACAGCACCUUCCUAGGAUCUAUCGCCGCCAUGGAGCUUGUCUUCUUCCUGUACUAUUAUACAUGGAACCUAUUCCAGACCCUGCCUUUCAUCGGCCUCGUUUCCGUCAGCAUCUUCUUCAGCGGCUCCAAGGCCCUCGGUGAGGUCCGGCGCCGUCGGCUGGCCGGAGAGAGGUGAAACGGUGACUUGCCUAGGAGUUAGUUAGUUAGUUAUGUGCCGUUGCCAGUAGCAGGUUACUAUGUUAGAGAAGAUAGGAGGGGAUAAAGAGGUUCUCUAAUUCGCGUGGCCUAGAACGCGCGCCAUUUGAUGACAAUGUUAUUUAUGGCGUCGACGCGCGAAAUACAAGGAAUGCUAAAAUUACGGUAGAUAUAAAAUAAAAUAAAAAGGAUGUUUAACAAGA